CCCCAUCACUGCCAAGAGCGCAGCCAAGGACGAGCCACGGAUACAGCAGCAGCCAUGCAGCAGAUGUACACCGCCCUGUGCGUGCUCGCCCUGGGGGCCGCCAGCGUCCACGCCGGCGUCGUGUCCUCGAGGAGGUCGCUGGAGGGCGCGUCCUCGCUCGGCCACAUCACCCACCUGCCCCUGGAGGGCGAGCACCACGAGCACCACGAGCACCACCACGAGGAGGGCAAGCCGUACAAGUUCGGGUACGGCGUCAAGGACGCGCACCACGGCCUGGACUUCAACCAGCAGGAGGCGAGCGACGGCCACACCGUGUCCGGCCACUACCGAGUGCAGCUGCCCGACGGCAGGACGCAGGUGGUGACGUACACGGCCGACUGGAAGAACGGCUACAACGCCAACGUGCAGUACGAGGGCGAGGCGUCCCACCCCAAGGUGGUGGCGUCCGCCGACCACGGCUGGGCCGGCGCCGCGUCGCUGGGCUCGCUGGGCUCGGACCACCUGUCCGGCGGCGAGUACUCGCUGGGGUCGUCGUCGUCCCUGGGAGGCUCCUCCUACAGCACCGGCGGCGGCGACCACAGCUCCAAGUGGACGCCCUCGCACCCCUAGACCUAGGACGGCGGCUCGCCGUGUUGUUACUGUUGUUGUUGUUGGAAAUAAAGAC